AUGAACGAAAAACUUCAACAACUCGUACCUAAAAUACUAGCAUCGCUAAUAAUUGCACUUAUAUUACUGUACUGGUUCCCACUGCUUAUACCUGCUGCUAUUGGUGGUACCGUACUUGCCGUGUUGCUCCUGAAAAACAAACCAUGUGAUCCGAGAGAUGUACGGAAAUUUUUUGAUGGAUUUCGUAUCGGUGGACAUCGCGGUGCUCCGACGUCAUUUCCGGAGAAUGGAAUGGCUGGAUUUAUUCAGGCAAAAACCGACGGAGCUGAUUUGAUCGAAUUCGACGUGGCGCUGACGAAAGACGGUGAGGCCGUGCUUUUACACGACGAUGAUUUGGAUCGUACCACUAACCUCAGGGGUCCGAUACGUGAGAAAACACUGGCACAACUAGCACGCGCCAACAUUAGCGCAAACUUCACCCGAACAACAGAAGGGAAUUUGGCCCCAGUACAAAAUGAAGGCAUACCGAAACUUGAGGCGGUUGUAAAAUGGGCAGUAGAGAAUAAAAUGAAGAUGCUUUUCGAUGUGAAAGAUUCAGAUCCGGAGCUGGUGAAAAUUAUUGGAAAUCUCUUCGAGAAGUACCAUCUCUAUGACAAAGCUAUAGUGUGCAGUUUUUAUCCAUGGGUAGUUUACCUGGUCAAGCAAGGGAAUCAGAAGAUCCUUAGUGGACUCACAUGGCGUCGGAAAUUCUUUUCAUACCAGGACAUUGAGAACACUCGACCUCGUUAUAGCGGAGUGAAACAUUAUCUCUUCGUUUUGAUUGACAUCAUUCAUGUGUUCCUUCUGAAAGUUGCAACUCCAUGGUUCUUAGGAGCAGAUUUAUUGCUUACGAAUAACUUGGAUAUUUCAAAGAGCUUUGUCAUGGAGCAAAAAGACCGCGGUUUACACGUUGCUGUGUGGACGGUGAACGAUAUCGCUGAGAUGCACUGGAUGUUGGAAGACUUAUCCAUCCCUAUUCUGACUGAUCAUCCGGCCUAUGUGAAAAAAAUUACACAUUUAAGUGCGAUCAGAGAGAAGGACUAUGCUGAACCGGUUCUACGUGAUGCAGCUUCAUCGUGUAAUUAA